AUGGUGCUCAUUGGAAACAUCUAUGUGAUCGCCUCCGUCGCCGUCGUCGGCGGCGGCCUCUUCGGUUUCGACAUUGCGGGGCCGAAUGGCCCACCCUUCAACGAUGACAAGGACUGUAGCGGUCUGGGCUCUCUGGUGCAAGGUGGUGUCACAGCUUCCAUGGCCGCCGGCUCCUGGCUCGGCGCCCUAAUCUCUGGCUUUCUAUCGGAUCGGAUCGGUCGCAAAUACUCGAUCAUGUUGGGCUGCAUUAUUUGGCUGGUGGGCUCAAUUUUGAUCUGCGCCUCGCAGAACAUUGGGAUGCUCAUUGUCGGUCGUAUCAUCAACGGUCUCUCCGUUGGAAUUGAAUCGGCUCAGGUCCCCGUCUACAUCAGUGAAUUGUCGCCUCCAUCAAAGCGUGGCCGCUUUGUUGGUAUGCAGCAAUGGGCGAUCACUUGGGGAAUUUUGAUCAUGUACUACAUCUCGUAUGGUUGCGCCUUCAUUGGCGGCCAAUCAUCCGACAACUACAACCCGGCCGCCUGGCGUGUGCCAUGGGGUCUGCAGAUGAUCCCAGCUAUUUUGCUGUUCUUUGCCAUGAUGAUGCUCCCAGAGUCGCCGCGUUGGCUGGCCCGGAUGGAUCGUUGGGAGGAGGCCCAUGAUGUCCUCGCCCUCGUCCAUGGGAAGGGUGAUCGUAACCACCCUUUCGUCGCCAUCGAAUUACAGGAUAUCCGCGACAUGUGCGAGCUGGAGCGCUCGUUUGGAAAUGUCACUUACCUGGAUCUCUUUGCCCCUCGUAUGCUCCACCGCACCGUGAUUGGUCUCUUCACUCAGAUUUGGUCCCAAUUGACCGGCAUGAAUGUGAUGAUGUAUUAUAUCGGUUACGUUUUCGGUAUGGCGGGCUACAGUGGCAACGCUACCUUGCUGGCCUCGUCGAUUCAGUAUAUAAUCAACGUGGUGAUGACCGUGCCCGCUCUGCUCUGGCAGGAUCGCUGGGGCCGACGCCCGACCAUGCUGAUCGGGGCGUUCUUCAUGUGCGCCUUCAUGUUUGCCAAUGCCGGAAUCCUGGGUGGCUCAGGCGUUAUCUUGCCUAUGGACGAGCGGACUAGCCCUGAGGAGUCGAUGAAGGUCACCGGCUCCGCUGCCAAGGGUCUGAUUGCAUGCACGUAUCUGUUCGUCGCGUCCUAUGCCCCCACUUGGGGUCCCGCCUCGUGGACCUACCCGCCCGAGCUGUAUCCCUUGCGCCUGCGUGGUAAGGGCGUGGCCAUGUCGACGUCCGGCAACUGGGCGUUUAACAUGGCUCUGGGCCUCUUUACCCCCUCAGCCUUUACCAACAUCGCCUGGAAGACGUACAUCAUCUUCGGUGUCUUUAACGCGGCUAUGUUCGUCCAUGUGUUCUUUAUGUUCCCCGAGACGGCCGGGAAGACCUUGGAAGAGACCGAGGCUAUGUUUGAAGACCCCGCUGGCUUUAAAUAUCUCGGCACUCCAGCCUGGAAGACCCGGGUUAUCACCAGCCGCAUGGUGGCAUUGGAGCAUGGUGAUUUGGAGACUGCCAAGGGUCGGGAUUUCGUCUCCACCGCCGCGAACCCUACUUCGACGGCUGUCGAAGAAAAGGGAACUGCGUCCCAC